GGCUUUGUGCAAUAAUAAAAAAAUAACCCUAAUCUUAGUAAACAAGAAUGAUUCUUUCUUCUUGAUAUGUCUGGACAAACUGCGCCUUUUAACUUUUGAUUCUGGUGCCUAUGACUCUAAAUUUUGAAUACUCCUUUUUGAAAAAGGCUUAUCACUCCAUCUGCCUUCGCUGAUAUAUAAAAAUGCUAAAUAAUUGUGAUAUUGUAGAGCUUAUUUUUUAUUUCAGAAAACCAUCAGUUAUGUAAAUGUACACGAAAGGUCAACAAUUGUUUAAUUAUCUACAAUAUUGUUAGUUUAUGGUACUCAUAAUGACAUGAAUUAUCAGUUUAAAGAUAUUCAAUCCACACUGCAAUGACAUAUUUGUAAUUUUGGCAACACUGAAGUUAUCACAAUCUAAACGAAUAGUGAAACCAGAAAAACUUCUUAAUAAAAAAUUUUCUCAAAUUUGUACAAAUAACGAGAAUUCGUAAUUAAACGAGGCACCAAUAAAUUAUAGUAAAUUUUAAUAGAAAGAAAAAUUUGCAAAAUAAUUAGAGAAGAAUAGUCGGUCCGCUGUUAAUUAGAAGAAAACAGAAACUCUGACCGCAGUAGUCACAGCCGAAGGCAAAAAAGGGAAACAAAAACAAUUGGACUUACAACGUGAAGAAAAGAAUCGGAUCAAAUCAUAAAGGAUACAAAUUUACCAUACGGGGAAACGUUGAAGAAAAACAGAAGGAUUCACAAAAGAGCGCUGCUUCUUGAAAACUUAGAAAAAAAAAGAAAAGAAAAUGAUUAAAUUGUUUUCAUUAAAGCAACAAAAAAAAGAUGGUGAGCAAACAGCGAAAACUGGAGGUCAACAGAAGAAAGCCUCCGCUGCACAGCUGCGUAUACAAAAAGAUAUAAACGAACUGAACCUGCCAAAAACUUGCGCCACUGAAUUUCCCGAUCCUGAUGAUUUGCUCAAUUUUAAAUUAAUCAUUUGUCCCGAUGAAGGUUUCUACAAGGGCGGUCGAUUCAUUUUUAAUUUCCGUGUUGGGCCUAAUUACCCUCAUGAACCGCCAAAAGUAAAAUGCGAAACUCAAGUAUAUCAUCCCAACAUUGAUUUGGAAGGUAAUGUGUGUUUAAAUAUUUUACGUGAAGACUGGAAUCCAGUGCUAACCAUCAAUUCAAUCGUUUAUGGUCUACAAUAUCUAUUUUUGGAACCCAAUCCGGAAGAUCCUUUGAAUAAAGAAGCCGCUGAAGUUUUGCAAACAAAUCGUCGCCUAUUCGAACAUAAUGUGUCUAAAGCAAUGCGUGGCAAUUUUGUGGGUGAAACAUAUUUUGAAUGUUGCCUCAAGUGAUAUAGAAAAUCCAAGGUAUUUAAUUUAAGCUAUGGCGUCUGUCUACUGGCCUUACUGUUGGGUUUUGGCAGUCGCUUUUACAUUAACUUAAUUUUUCAAAAUAAUUGAUACAAUUUG